CCGCACCCGGACCCGAUGUCGCUGGUCGCCUACGACGCCUCCUCCGACGAGGACGAAGCCGGCGACGACCCUCCCGCCGCCGCCGCCGCUCCGGCCACUCCUCUCCGCCCCUCUCCCGCCGUCGGGCCGCAGCCGAGGCCUCCGUCGCCCUCGCCGUCCGCGCCCCGGCCUGCCGCGCCGCCGCCCGCCCCCAGCCAGAAUGUCUCCCUGCCCGCGCCAUCCUUUGACCUACCAGACAUUGCGGAUCUUUUUGAUUCCCCCUCUCUCCCCAACAGAGGUUCUGCUGGUAUCAUGGGAAGUUCAUCAAGGAAAAGAGAAUCAAAUGGAUCAGCUAUUCAAGAUCCACGUAGUAAAUUUCCGAGGGCACAGUCAGCACAAUCUCGUGGUGCCAGGAAUGCUGCUGCGAGCACAUUAGUUCCGCCACAGCUUAGUGGAAGGAGUAACGUUGUUACUGAAGAUAUGGGCAAACUGUUUGUGGCAAGACGCAAAGAUUAGCUCUAAGUAUCACUCUAUUAACAUCUACCUGGAUCCAAAUGACACAUCUAUUGGCUCCCAUUGACAGACGUGCAUGAUUGAGGAAUGAUCGUAACUGAAGAGACCGGGCAUGCUCUUUUCCGCGACGUCUGUUUGAUGCCUGUUUCUUUGGUGCUCACCUGCAACAGCAGUACUUGCAUGCUCUGUAGUAGCAUGUACCUCUUUUAGGACAAUCGUGUAUCAUUCUACUCUGAAAGGAGAACCUAUAUGUGUUGUUUAUCCUUUGGUUAGUUAGUAGUGAGUGGAUGGAUUAUCUAGAGAAUGUAGCUUUCAUUUGAAAAAUGUGGAUGUAUGCAUGGUUCAUCUGUGCAGAAUGAUAUCAAACCCUUACAAUGGCCA